AUGGAAACCUCUUCGUUUGACCCGUGCCUUCUGAUCACGGCAAACAACAUCGCCGACAAGGACCUGUUUGGCAUCGCGGCCUUGCAAACGGAUGACACAUUCAUUGCCAAGCCAAAAGAGAUUCUCCAAGAAGGUUCCAUCUGCGACUUUAACGGCAGCCGCCUGACCAUACAAAAUGGCUGUGUCAUCGUCAGGCAGAAGGGCCAAGCCCAAACCUCGAGGAGAUCAAUCUUCAGGCAUCAAGUAGGCAUCAGGAUUAUGCUGCUCAACGCGCCCGGGGCAUAUAUCGCUUCGAUUUGCCAACCCGAAGCAACAUACGAUUGUUCCGUUGCGGCACAAGCCCAAGAGCCCGUUAAUACCGACUUCAAGGCUUUGAACAAGCGGAUUGAAUGGCAGAUCAACAAUCCCGACCGUGGCCUAUGUUACAUACCCAUCGAUCUCGAGAGCGCGAAGAUCUUUGUGUUCACCGAUGGAUCAUUCGCCAACAAUAAGGAUUUAAGCUCAGAUCGGCUUUGUGAUUAUCAUCGCCAAUGA